UAUAAAAUCUGAAUUGAGGAAAAAUAUUAUGUUAAAUCUACAAACCCCUCAAUUUAAUACUAAACUUUGAUUAAGUAUACUAAUUCAAUGUUAACUUCUUCUAGUCUAGAUAAAAUCAAUCUAAAUCAUGAUGUCAAAAAUUAAAUAUCCAUGUUUAGUUAGCACAUCUUAAAAAUAGGCUAUUAUAAGUAUGCGUGUUAACAAAUACAAAUUUGGUAACAGGUUUAUUUGUAUUCAUGACCCACCUUUUACAUCCAAAACUGCAAUUAUAAUUUGUUACAUCAUCAAACCUGUUUUGGAAUAGAUAAUCUGAAUAUAAGUAGGUUAGAAAUAUUUAAAUGAUAAGGUAUUGCCCUCUAGUUGUUUGUUGCUUCAUAUUUGAAUGAACUUUAUGAAAUAUAAUAUUGAGAUCCUCUAUAAUGAUUUCCUACCUCAAUUAGACAUAUUAAAAUUAUAAAUAUCCG